AUCACACCUACCUUCGAUCCUAACUUCCUCCAACUACCCCCUAUAUCUUUGCGAGGCCCUGCCAAGGACGUAAGAAAUGGGCGGAAUCUCCACUUCUUCGGACGCCCGGGCCUCUUGCCGCGUGCAAAACGAUCGAACCCUAACCAAAUCAGCCUCCCGGAGCCCCGGGUCGGGGGACACCCGGGAGCAGGUCUCUAUGGCGAGUGGAAUGCCUCAAGCCUCUGGAGGGGUUCACGAUCCGCCCCCAACCUGGUGGAUACUGGUGGCUAGUUUAGUGUGCAAGUGUUUCGUGAGCUUAUUUGAUGCCAUGUCGAGGGCGAGCCAGCAAGACAACUCCAAGAGACCCGCUAGCCCUCUGCCCGAAACUCGCCCUACGCAUGGUGUGAGGAUUGGCAAUAAUAACCGAAAUUGUGGGAACAUCGAUAGCAGCUACAACACGAUAAAUUAUAUCGGGAACACAAAGAACUUUGGGCAAGGCGGAGUGGUCAUUUUCAAUGGUGCUACUGUUCACUAAGGUCCACGAUUCUAUCCUCCCCCAGUUUAUCGGCCGUGUUAUUGCCAUAGACGGUAGACGGGCGGGGUUUUCGCGGUCCUCUGUGGGGUGUGUGAUAUGAUUCAGUUGGUCCAGUAAUUUAUCGCAUCCUAGUUACCUACCGGAAGGCCGCGGACCGGCUUAGUCUGUCUAACCCGAGACUAGAUGCCGCCGUCAACAGCCACUAGGAAUCCUUCGACCUUAAAUGUCUUUUCUCUAUGUUCUACGGUUUUAAGAAAAUUGGUUUUGUUUUUAUAUUGCACUUUACGAUUUUCCACGACGCCACGCCUGUCCUGUCCCCGCAAUCCCCCUUCUACGCUCUCCUCAACUCAGAGAAACAUUGUAGGUUGCUUUUUCAUGUAAUAGCACCAUUUUGUUUUACUUUUUUUCUCAUUUUAUUGAUAAUG